UCGACUACCUGGAGGAUGGUCUUCAUAUUGAUUUUUAUCUAAAUUAUGUAUUUUUAACUUUAAUAUUUUAAUUUAAAAUUUAUUUUUAAAUACUAUAUAAAUAAUUUGCACUAUGAAACAACCAAGAAGUCGUAAAAUUGAUUUUGGUGAUAUUUUGCCGACACAGUUUUCUGCUACUGCAUUGUUUGAUUUUUUUUGAUUCGUGAGUCUAUUUCAGAUUUAUCUAAUGCUAAAACCCAACCUUAGUAGUAUAGUGGGAAUAGUUGUGCAAAAGACGUAAAGUUGCGCAUUUUUGCAAAUUUCUCGGUUGGUCCCCCGUUUUGGAAUAAUGGAGGAAUUUCACCGAAAACCACGUGUGGCCAUUAAUUAGUGCUACAGGUGUGCCUAAGUUGAGCCAUUGUCAGUGUUUCUGGGAUUAAUUAGUGACGCGGUAGAUCGUCUUCCGGCUUUUCUUUUGCGACGCUGCCGCUCUUGAACACGACCGAAAAACAUAUGGGCCCACUAAUUAGUGCAAAUCUGUAUUCAAAAUUAUUAGUGCAAAUCUGUAUUUCCAAACACGACCGAAAAACCACGUCGGGGCACUAAUUAGUGCAAAUCUGUAUUUCCAAACACGACCGAAAAACCACGUCGCCCCACUAAUUAGUGCAAAUCUGUAUUCAACAUAGAAAAACAAUAUUUGUCGAAUCUUACACAGUGGCUGCGAAUAUCUUAUUUCGCAACAAAUUCUGUGCUUAAGGCUCGUCACACUAUUAUCCGCCAUCGAUGCUCAAUGGGAGCAAAGACCAAUUGAAGAAAUCAACCGUGCUCUGGCACGCAUGGGCGAUGUGCGGGUGGAGACGCGGUACAACAACCGCACAAUUGAAGGGGUGCUGGUCCUCUCCAACAACAACGCUCAACUGGUAUUUGGGCCCACGCGGCUCCAAGUCUCGGUGGAGCGGUACUUCUUUUGGAAGUACCGCAUACGUCUCACCAGACCAAAUUGGCCGCUGGUGUUCCUUCGAGGAAACUCCUCCAACCAGUUCCCAAUCGAACUAAUCGAGUUGAUCUGAGCCCACACCCCCGCCACUCUACAUUUCGCCACACCCCGCCACUCUACAUUUCGCCACACCCCCACACCCCCGCCACAUUUCGCCACUUUUUUUCAAUUUUUUUUCAAUAAAUUUUUACGUGGAAA